AUGGGAGGCGGAGACCUCAACUUGAAAAAGAGCUGGCACCCUCAACUGCUAAGCAACCAGCGCAAAGUUUACGAAUCCGAACAGCGUGCUCUAGAGGAGCGGAAAAAGACACAACAACGGGUCCAGGAACUCAGGGAGGAGCGCGCCCAAGAGGAGCUACAGAAGAAGAUUGAAGAGGCCGGUGGCAAGAAGCGCAUCGAUCGCGUCGACUUUCUAUACAAUGGCCCCACAGAUGGCGCGCUUGGUACCACAGAGGAGCUCGAGGGCUUCUUGUUGGGAAAACGCAGCAUCGCGAGCGUAUUGACCAAAGACGAUGGCAAACAACUACGACAGACGGCGGGUGAAGACAAGUUUGCUACGGCGUUGGGGAACGCCAACUCGGCGCGCGACACGGCAACCAAGAUUCGCGAAGAUCCACUACUUGCUAUCAAGCGGAGGGAACAGGAGGCAUACGAGGCCAUGAUGAACGACCCGAUUAAAAGGAGGCAGCUGUUGGCAUCCAUGGGUAUAGAUGACGGGAUGAAGAAGGAAAGGCGCGAGAAGAGGAGGCAUCGUCACAGAGAUGAAGAUGACCGUGAGCGGAGGCAUAAAAGGAGACGGUCGCAUUCACGCCACAGGUCUCCGAGCAGGGACCGGCAUGAAGAUCGUCGUCGACAUCGUUCAGAGGAUAAUAGGCCAAGGGAUGAUGAACGGAGGUCCUCGAGGAGAGAUGACUCACGGGAGCGUGACAGGCCAAGAGAUGACAGACGGUAUCGGCCGACAAGAGAUGAUUCCAACGAGCGGAACCGAUCAAGAGACAAAGACAGACACCGACAGGGAAGAGACGAUUCUCGGGAACGGAAACGGCAUAGUGACCGGCGCGACACGGAUCGUGUGGGUAGAGAUGAGCGUGAUCGUCCUCGUCACAGCUACAGUGGGGGAAGAAACAGCAGACCUGCCGUUGACGACAAGGCGGCUGAGGAAGAAAGAGCACGCAAAUUGGAAGCGAUGCAGUCGGCGGCCACAGAUCUCGACGCGGACCGUCGUAAGAGGCUGGCCGAGAUAGAAGAGAGGGAGCGACUGGAACAAGAGACAGAAGACCGUGCACGACAACGAGGAGGUGACACGACCUUCAGCAGUGGGCUGAAUCGUAAGGCUGUUGAUCGGAUGGGGCGAAGGGCCUGA